AUGCUCUUCGUCAGGUCCCUCCUCGUUGCCGCCUCGGCCCUGGCCUCCCUCGCUGCCGCCCAGUCCAAAGUGAUCAAGUUCACCAAGGUUCCGAACAUUGUCACUGCUGGCAACGCGUACCCCAUUGAGUGGACGACCACAGACAACACCACUCCCAUCACCAUCAAGCUCCGUGUUGGUGGAUUCAACAACCUGCAAGAUGUCUCCGUCCUGACUACUGAUGCCUCCGGGGGCAAAUACACCUGGACCCCAGACAAGGGCCUUGGCGAUAACUCCUACUACGCUCUCGAGAUCAUCCAGGGCAAGGAGAUCAACUACUCUGCCCAAAUCUCCUUGAGCGGUGGCAGCACUUCCUCCCUGAUUGCGACUGCCUCUGCCUCCGCCGCAUCUGCCUCCUCCGCCUCGUCUGCCUCAGAGUCUUCUGCCUCAGAGUCUUCUGCCUCCUCCGCCUCUGCUAGCUCAGCAUCUGCGUCUGCGACCGGCACCACUCUAUCCACCGCAACCAUCACCGGCUCAUCCCCAUCUGCCACCGCUUCCGCUGCUUCCAAGACUGCCUCGCACAGCUCCGACUCGCUCACUGCCGCGACAACAAAGACGACCGGUACCGCGUCCUCGACCGAGUCUGCUAUAAGCGCGCCCACUUCCACUGGCGCCGCUGACAGGAUCAUCAUGGGCAGCAGCCCACUGGCGCUGAUCUUUGGCGCCGUGGCUGCCAUGGUCUACCUCAACUAA